AUGCAUCUACGCCUUUUGGGGGCCGUUGUCUCGCUGGGUGCGGGAGUGGGCCACUCGCUGCCAGGCGUGUACGGCGACGCGCCCGCUUUGCAUGCACCCCCUCCCCUAAUUUCAUCCCUUUUCUCCCCCGCUGCUGCCUCAUGGCGUCAAACGUCUCCCUCUAAGGAAUAUGAUGCUCCGGAGGCGGCCUCUUUCUGGGAUUUCGCACUGCAACAGCUGCCGCAUCUAACUGGUGCGUCCGCUGCUCCUGCUCAGAGCAGCGCGCGCGCUCUGCAGGACACCAGCAGCGCCAACCCGGAGCAGCCCCUGAAACAACUUGCCAACAAAAGAACACCAGAGUUCCACCGCAGCCUCUACGAGGCUCCGGCGUUCGAAAUCGACGCGGUAGAGUUGACUUUCAAGUUGGACGAAGACGAGACAGAGGUUAUUUCGAGGCUGAGGGUACGCCGAAGGGAAGGCACAGAGCCUCAGGAUUUGAUUCUUGACGGAGAGGAGCUACAGCUGAACUCGAUUGCCCUCAAUGACGUCCGUCUGGUUGAGGAUAAUGAAACCGGCUACUCCUUUGUCAACGGAGGGUCUCUCCGGUUGCCUAUGAACAUUUUGCCCCAGCAAGAAGGGAGAAGGUUCUUCUUAGAAAUAAGCGUGACGAUAAGUCCGAAGAAAAACCUUCAGCUUUCCGGUUUAUACUGGUCCAACGGAACUCUAGUGACACAAUGCGAGGCCGAGGGUUACCGCCGCAUUACUUAUGGUUUAGAUCGUCCCGAUGCAUUGAGUCGUUACCUAGUUCGCCUGGAGGCAGACCAGAAGAAGUACCCAGUGUUGCUCAGCAACGGAAACAAACUCGCCGAAGGUCCUGUAAGAGAUAAUCCUGAUCGUCAUUUCGCUAUUUUCGAGGAUCCUUUCCCCAAGCCGACUUACCUCUUCGCGAUUGUCGCCGGGCAGUUCGGCAGCACUGAGGGCGAAUUCCAGACAGCGAGCGGCCGGAAAGUGAGCCUGCAGCUGUACAGCCCUCCCGAAGAUGCAGGCUAUUUGGAGUUCGCGAAGGUGUUUUUGCGGCUGAGUAUGCAAUGGGACGAGGAGGCCUUCGGACGCGAAUACGACCUCGACACCCUGAACGUUGUUUGCGUCAACGACUUCAACAGCGGCGCCAUGGAGAACAAGGGUCUCCUCAUCUUCAACUGCCAUUCCCUAGAUUGGACCGAGUUGUGGCUUAAGGAAGGCCUAACAACGUUCCGCGAGCGGCUGUUCAGCACCACUUUGGCGCCUGCUGCUGUGCACCGGAUCGAAGACAUGAAGCGGCUCAUAAAUUUGCAGUUUCCAGAAGAUAGUGGGGCCCUUGCAACUCCUGUGAGGCCGGAGAGCUACCUUGCAGUCCACAACCUCUACAACCGGACCACCUACUGGAAGGGAGCAGAAGUGAUGCGCAUGUAG